AUGUUCAGACUCAGCCUUUCAUUUCUUUCAGGAACCCUCCCCAAACCGACCCUCCCCAAACCAACCCUCUGGGCUGAGCCAGGCUCUGUGAUCCCCUGGGAGACCUCAGUGGCCAUCUGGUGUCAGGGAAUCCUACAAGCUGAGGAGUACCAUUUGUAUAAAGAUGGAAGUUCAGAGCCCUGGUUCAAACAGAAGCCACUAAAUCCCGGGGACAAGACCAAGUUUCCCAUCACACAGAUGACAGAGCGGUCUGCAGGGAGAUAUCAGUGUUACUAUCUCAGCCAACAUGUCUGGUCAGAAAGCAGUGACCCCCUGGAGCUGGUGGUGACAGGCAUAUUUUACUACAAACCCAAACUCUCAGCUUUGCCCAGCCCUGUUGUGACCUCAGGAGGGAACAUGACCCUCCAGUGUGGCUCACGGCAGGAUCCUGACAGGUUCAUUCUGACUAAGGAAGGAGAAGACAGGCUCUCCUGGACGCUGGACUCACAGCAACACCCCAGUGGGCAGUUCCAGGCCCUGUUCCCUGUGGGCCCCAUGAUCCCCAGACAGAGUGGGACUUUCAGAUGCUAUGCUUAUUACAGGCACACCCCCCAGCUGUGGUCACCACCCAGUGACCCCCUGGAGCUCCUGGUCGGAGGCUCAGACAGUACUGAGCAAGGGAGGGAGAUAGCCUUGCUGGACCAUAACACCAAGAGGCAACCACAUUUCCUAGACUCCCACCCCCAAGGCUACACAGUGGGAAAUCUCAUCCACAUGGGCAUGGCUCUGCUGGUGCUGGUGGUCCUCGGGGUCCUGCUGUUUCAGGCUCGAGACAGUGAGAGAAUGGCCCAGGCUGCCACCAAGACCUGAACACAGAGGUAAAGGAGCACUGGUCAGAGUAAGAACCUUG